AUGGAGUCUAACAGAAACCAACAGAGUCCAGAAGAUUCCAGCAGAGUCCAACAAAAUCCAAUAGAGUCCAGAAGAAUCCAACAGAACAUAACAGGGUUCAACAGAGUCCAACAGAAAUCAACAGAGUCCAGAAGAAUCCAACAGAACAUAAACAGGGUUCAACAUAGUCCAACAGAAACCAACAGAUUCCAGAAGAAUCCAACAGAUAACAGGGUUCAACAGAGUCCAACAGAGUCCACCAUAAUCAAACAGAACAUAACAGAGUUCAAGAUGUUCAACAGAGUCCAACAGAAACCAACAGAGUCCACCAGGGUUAAACAGAGUCCAACAAAGUCCAGAAGAAUCCAACAGAGUCCACCAGAUCCAACACGAUCCAACAGAAACCAACAGAGUCCAACAGGAACCAACAGAGUCCACCAGAAUCCAACCAUCCAACAGAAACCAAAGAGUCCAACAGGAACCCAACAGAGUCCAACAGGAACCAACAGACCAACAGAGAACCAACAGAGUCCAACAGGAACCAACAGAGUCCCCCAGAGUCCACCAGAAUCCAACACGAUCCAACAGAAACCAACAGAGUCCAACAGGAACCAACAGAGUCCACCAGAAUCCAACACGAUCCAACAGGAACCAACAGAGUCCAACAGGAACCAACAGAGUCCAACAGGAACCAACAACAGAAACCACCCAACAACCAACAGAGAACAGGAACCCAACAGAGUCCAACAGGAACCAACAGAGUCCCCAGAGUCCACCAGAAUCCAACACGAUCCAACAGAAACCAACAGAGUCCAACAGGAACCAACAGAGUCCCCCCAGAAUCCAACACGAUCCAACAGGAACCAACAGAGUCCAACAGGAACCAACAGAGUCCCCCCAGAAUCCAACAGAAACCAACAGAGUCCAACAGGAACCAACAGAGUCCAACAGGAACCAACAGAGUCCAACAGGAAUCCCCCAGAAUCCAACACGACCAACAGGAACCAACAGAGUCCAACAGGAACCAACAGAGUCCACCAGAAUCCAACACGAUCCAACAGAAACCAACAGAGUCCAGAAUCCAACACGAUCCAACAGAAACCAACAGAGUCCAACAGGAACCAACAGAGUCCCCCCAAAAUCCAACAGGAACCAACAGAGUCCAUUCUGGCAAACAGUUACGAGAGGAAAUAG